GAGACUCCGAGGGCAAUUCCAACACCCGGACUGGAGGCGGGACCCAGGGAGGGAAGCAGCCCGCUCCAGUCCAGGGACAGGUGGGGGGGGGAAGUGGCCAUCAAAGGGCCAUUUCUGAGGCCUGCUGGGCAUCAUCUCCUGCCCCCCCCCCCCCGGCCCGGCCAGUCCGAUCAGCUGGGGUAGGGGGAAGAUGGAGGAUGGAAGAUCCAGAAGCCUCAAAUGGGACUCAGUGGGCCUCGCUUGGUGCCCUGCUCCCACAAAGGGGGUCAAAAAAAGGCCCCUGGGGGGGUAGGGGGGUGGCCCGGAGAGACUGGCACUUGUCCAGCAAAGCCCCCUCCUGUCCAGGGCCCGGUCCUUGACCACAGCCCCGUUUCCCCCAAGUUCUGGGCAGCCCCCUUUUCAGGGCAAUUGGUUCCAGGGGGAAUUGGGCCACCCCAUUUGGGUUCCCUGCCCUACACCUCCCUGCUGAGGGUCAGCCCUGACCCCCUGGCCCUCCCCCAGCCCCUUGCCCUGAAGGCUGCCGGCCUUCGCCAGUUCCAAGCCACCCCAAGGGAGCCUGAGAGCUCUGCAGGUGUGUGUGUGUGUGUGUGUGCGGGGGCGCGCGCUGCUGGGCCCUCCCUCCCCCUCCCUCUGUCCCCCUCCUUAUCUCGUCCGGAAGGGAGGGCAGAGGGCAGGGUGCAAAGGCCCGGCUGGUCCUGCCUGGAGGAGGCAAAAGGCUGGAAAUGGGGGCUCUUGCUGGGGUUCCCCUGCGCCCCUGCCAGCUGCUGCUCCCCCUGGGCGUCUUUCUCCUCCUGCUCUACCUCUCCGGCUGGCACCUCCCAAAGGGCUCUCUGGCUGCCUGCGUCCAGGGGGGGCAUCGGUGCCCGUGGCUCGGGGAGACGCUGCCCAAGGAGGAGGAGGAGGAGGAGGAGGAGCCUGGCCCUGCGCCUGCACCUGCCCCCGCCUGGACCCCGACGCCCCCCCUCCCUCUCCAGGGCGAAGAGUUUGACAUCAGGCACCUGCAAAGUGCUUUCUCGGCCAGCCUCUCCCCCCGGGGCGAAGUCCUCCUCCAAGAAUACCUCCAGGGCUGGAGACAGCUGCUCAAGUUCCUGGACAUGCUGGGCAGAGCCUUUGGGCUGAUCUCCCGGGAGGUCGAGUCCAAGAUCAGCAUCCUGCAGCAGCAUCAGGAAGGGCCACACGGCCUCCACUACCGCACCGUGCAGUCCAUGGUGGACUUUGAGCUGGCCUCGGGCUUGGUGGGCUUCCAGUCCCUGUCGGCCCAUCAGCCUCCCUCGGGCUGCCGGACGCUCCUGCGCCUCCAUCGUGCCCUGAAGUGGCUGGAGCUUUUCCUGCACAAACUGGGGACCAGCCAGAAGGACGAGAAAUCUUCCCGGAUGUGUGCGGAGGCCUACCAGGUGGCCCUCGCCCCAUAUCACAGCUGGUGGGUGCAGCAGGCCGUCGCCCUGGCCUUCCUGGCUAUGCCCUCCCGCCAGGAGCUCUACCACAUCAUCGCGUGGGAGAAGCCGGCCACUGGCGCUGUUGUCCUGACCACAGUGGAGAGCCUGGGCCGGGUCUACAACGUCACCCAGGAGGUCUACUCUGCCCAUGGGAUGCUGGAGCUGCCCUAAGGACGCCCCAGGGCACAGGGCCGAUGCGGGUCUGGAGAUAUAUUCUCCCAGGCAGAAAGUGAAUUGGAGGGGGCUGUUCCUUCCCCAUGGACCACCCAGACAGCAGCCCCCUUUCGUGCCUGGAGGUACCCAAUGGAAGAAGGCAGGGGUAUCGUUCUGCGGAGAUGUUAAUAAACGAACUUGGGAGAAUUUACCUGCCCAGGAACGGAGUGCUAA